UUGCAUGAAAGUUGUUUCGGCGUGUGUCAUGCAGGAAGAACGAUCGUACUUUCUUUCUUUCUUUCUUUAUCUGGAUGUUAUUUCCGGGACUGAUUAAGCGCCGCUGCCUGACUGGCUGCUGUGUCAGUGGAAACACCACAUGCGAGCGCCAUCGGACUGGGCAUUGAAGGGCACAAGAGGUGAAUGACGGAGGUGACGAUCUGUGUAGGACUGGACGGGUUCGGACGGCACAAGCGACGUCCUGAAGCCGCGAGUUGCACGACCCUCCUCUCACUUCGUUUUUUCUCGAUCCGCCCUCCCUCGAUCCUCCCUCUCCGUCCCGGAAGUGCCGGCCAGGUGAAGCUCCGGCAGGUGAGGUUGUCGAGAGCUUUGUUAGUGCCACCAUCGCGGAGGUGUGAGUGGAGAAAGCGACGUGGACAGCGUAGAGUACGACUCGAGUUCAGCAGCAGGUGGUGCUGCCGGUUGCCACCAUGAAGCUCCACGAAAAGCCGCUCAUACGGUAUGCCACCAGUAAGACCCCGGUCGACAAAGAGGGCCACUUGUACAAGAAGGGCGAGCGUAACACCUCCUAUCAGAAGCGCUGGUUCAUACUGAAGGGCAACCUGUUGUUCUACUAUGACAAGCGGAGUGACCGCGAACCGUUGGGGGUCAUCGUGCUGGAGGGCUGCUCCGUGCAGCUUUGUGAAUCCAACGAAAACUACGCCUUCGACAUCCGUUACGAGGGACCCGGGAUCCGCACCUACAAGUUAGCAGCGGAGGACCAGAGGACGCAGGAAGCCUGGGUGAAGGCCCUGCUAUGGGCGAACUUCAGUCGCUUGCGUAUGCUGGUGCAGGAUUUGGAGCGCACGUAUGAACAAGUGCGCGUGGACUCGGGACCCCGGCACCGGCUCACGGUCUUAGGUAUCGAGAGUGAGCAGGUCACUACUCAUCUGGGGCGACCGGUGCACGGGAGAGCGGCCACGCAUAGGCCAGCACCGUCCACUUUUACCAGCGAGCCGCUGGAAAACUUCGUAGAGCUGCACGAACGAUACCGUAAAGAGGUCGACGCAGUCCGGCAGGAGUGGCUCAGCAAGCGGAACCAACAGCACGGUGACCCACCUGUGGCUGACCUCGUCGACCUGAACUGAGCUGAGCUUGGAUGUGGCGCCAUCCAUCCACUUCAGUGGGCGCGCUGAGCACUACAGACCUGAGCAGCAUUUGGUUUGGGUUCUUUUGGACACUUGCUAAGCAAAUUACAUAAAAGGUCUGCAAUAGAGAAGGAAGAAUGUCCGAUCCGAACUUUUGAUUGGUUAAUUAUGGGCUUCAAAAAAAACAAAAAAAAAAACGCAGCCAACCUGGGGCGCGGCGCUGGAUGCCACCGCCUCUUUUAGUCUGACGUGUUCCGUGUAUAUAAAGGGCGCGCCCCCUACAUGUCGUUCAUCGACCUCUCCGUUGAACUCCGCUUUGGAUGUCUUUUUUUUCUCAUUUGAUCCAAUCAUGUCUAACCAUUAGUAUCAUGUGACCUCUCGACAGUCCCCUUUUCACGAUUGUCCGCUGCAAUGACCACCCCGGCUUUAGGGGUACUGUGUUGGUCUGUGCUGUGAAUGUUGAGUGAUGUGGUUUUAUUUCUUUGAUUGAUAUAACAUUAUUUUGGUGACAGUUUUUGGAACAAAUUAAUUAUGAGUGUGGGGUUCUGCUCUUAGCGUCGGCUUGGGGUGCUAAUGCCAUUUUUUAAUUUAUUUUUGCACUAAACACGCGAGCGUCAGUGAGGAUGAUGGGGCCUGGCGCCCCCGUCUCCUGUCGUUUGCUGGUAUUUUUAUGCCACGACUUUUCUCCGAAGGCUCCUGAUGUCGGGGCUGCUCACCAAACGAGGCUGCGGCGUUUUCAGGCUUUUCUUUGAAAUAUUAACUCCUUUUUUUUUUCCAACGGACGGAGUUCAUCUCUUUCUAACUGACCUGUACAUGAGGCUGCGGACAUUUGUGUGCGACGGAGACUUUCUAUUAAUUUAAUUCAAACGCGCGUGCCCGUAUUUAUUCUUCGUGGUGUGUUCUGCACGUCAUUGGCAGCUAAGAUUCCUGGUUUGAACCUGAGAGGCCUGGGAAUGUCCGUUUGAAAUGCAGUCCAUUAUUCCUGUUUGCAAUUCUCUCAUGAAUGUAUAUUGAUUUUUUUUAUUAUUAUUAUUAAAGCCUGAUUAACGGCAUAACCUAAAUAAAGAUUAAUCAGUAAAAAGCCAUAA